AUGAAUGUCAGGAUGUUCUCCCUCAUGGUGGGCAUCUUCUCUGUCCUCAAUACCAUCCAGUUCUUCAUCUUUAACCUGAACCAGAAGACAUACAUUGGCUGUGAGGCCAAGUUCAGCAUCUAUGUGGACUCAAAGUUGGAGCUAGUCACUUGGAUCCUGUUCCACAGGGUUAACAUCAGCACUGGCCUCUCCCUCGCCACCAUCAUAAUCAGCUGCUUCCUCCUUUAUUGUAUCCACAAGAAUAUCUACAUGGGGCUGCUGAUCUAUGCCAUGUGGGUCAUCACUUACGAGCUCAUCAACUUCUCCACAGUCCUGCUCCUCAGCAGGAUCAUCAAAGAUCACUUCAAGAAGCUGAGUUACUUGCACUGGAUCUUCCAAAUCUCACACACGCUCCUGCACUUUUUCUGUCUGCCCUUCAUCGUCAAGCACGCAUACAACCUUUACAAGGAAUCCCAGACUGUGAGCAGGAAGCGCCGCCACCGGCUCUCCUCCACCAUUGGAAUGAACUCAUGACUACCUGUCCGUCUGGGAAUGUUGUACCGGAAGUUAAACUGAACCGUACCAGGAAAGGUGGGAGGGAAUGGUGCUCCUCAACAAUGGGACCCUCCCUGCCCUGCCUGUCUUCUGUUGAUGCUGCUUGGUUUGUCAGGGCUUUUGAGUUUUAUGCACUGAGGAAUGAUUAUCGGGAGAGGGCAGGUUGUGAGGAUCAAUUAUUUUAUAGAUGUGUUGUGUGACCUGUUUUAGCAGUUAAUGAUAUGUGGCCUUGUGCUUACUUAACCGUC